UUGAGUUGUCGGGUUGAGAAGGAGGAGUGCGGUUGGAGUGUGAGAGGGUCGCGGCCGCGAUGAUCUGACAGAUGAAAUAGCGAAAAAAAACACAGAGAAGGCGGGCGUCCACCCACAUUAAACAAUGUUCCCCAAAGGCAAAGGCACCCCGGUGCCGUCGGACAGCCAAGCGCGAGAAAAGUUGGCCCUAUACGUCUAUGAGUACUUGUUACACAUAGGAGCACAGAAGUCUGCACAGACCUUUUUGUCAGAGAUUCGAUGGGAGAAAAACAUAACACUCGGAGAACCCCCCGGAUUCCUACAUUCAUGGUGGUGUGUAUUCUGGGACUUGUAUUGUGCUGCACCAGAGAGGAGAGAGACAUGUGACCACUCCAGUGAAGCAAAAGCCUUCCAUGAUUACAGUGCAGCAGCAGCCCCCAGUCCUGUGAUGGGAGGGAUGCCCCCUGGUGAGGGCAUGCCAGGAGGACCAAUGCCACCUGGCUUUUUCCAGGGUCCUCCUGGUCCCCAGGGCUCUCCUCACCCCCAGCCUCCUCCCCCUAACAGUAUGAUGGGGCCUCACAGUCAGUCUUUUAUGUCACCUCGCUUUGCUGGAGGCCCAAGAGGUCCCCCCAUUAGAAUGGCCAACCAGCCACCAGGUGGAGGACCAGGUCCUCAUCCCAUGCUGCCAAACAUGGACCCCACACGGCCACAAGGCCAUCCUAACCUGGGGCCAAUGCAGAGAAUGAGUGGCCCCCGAGGCAUGGGACCCAUGGGCCCCGGUCCUCAGAACUUCGGUGGUGGGAUGAGGCCUCCACACAACACCAUGGGACCUGGCAUGCCAGGAGUGAACAUGGGCCCAGGGACUGGUCGGCCAUGGCCCAAUCCCAACAAUGCCAACUCUAUGCCUUAUUCAUCACCCUCUCCUGGCGCAUAUGGGGGGGCAUCUGGAGGAGGAGGACCACCUGGAACUCCCAUCAUGCCUAGCCCUGCAGACUCAAACAACUCUGGUGACAACUUGUACACCAUGAUCAACACUGGACCUGGCAACCGAAAUAAUUUUCCAAUGGGCCCAGGCUCUGACGGACCCCUGGGAGCCAUGGCUGGGAUGGAACCACACCACAUGAAUGGGUCACUAGGCUCUGGUGAUAUGGAUGGAAUGAACAAGAAUUCCCCAAACAAUUUAAGUGGCAUUAGCAAUCCUCCUGGGACCCCGAGGGAUGAUGGGGAGCUGAGUGGAAACUUCCUCCACUCUUUUCAGAGCGAGAACUACUCUCCAACCAUGACGAUGAGUGUGUGACCUCCUUCGUCGAACCCACCCAACAUUAUUUGCCAUCAUUCCAAGGAUCUGAACUCACUAAUAGGACACAGCCAAUCACAGCAGCACCGAAUCAGGGACAGGCACCACUUUGGUUCCUCACGUACGCCAGAAUGCUGAUCGGAGUAAAAAUCUAAAUGGCUGGCGACUACGGCUCCUUGCUCAAAGUGAAGGACAAUUUUUUUCCAUAUUUCACAACCCCCGAUUGUGACAAAACCAGCUACUGAAAUGCAUACAUGACACGUUUUACGUUCUCUGCAGAGCCCUCAUAUCCCCUCUUAGUCCCCUCUGCCCCAGAGUGAAGAAGAGAGGAAAAAAGUGGUUGAAGUUUACCUCUUGUACUUUUGAAUUAUUGCUUUGUGGUGCAAGAUGUGCAGGAAAUGUCUCUGCUUUUGUCCCUUAAAACACUGGAGAGUGUGCAUAUGCAUUGUGUGUGCAAAGUCUUUGUCUUGUCAUUUUACUUAUCGCCAUGCAUUACACUGUGUCACAAACGUCAGUUGACAUAGGACUCCGAAUUUGCCUCCUACUCCGUGGCCACCUUUCUGAAUAAUGUACCAUUCUUCCCAACCCGACGUCCACUCUUCUGUUUUUAAAGAUGUUUUUCAAGGGGAAAAGAUGUGAAUGAACACAGCUCUUGUUGUGACGACCUUCCGCAGUAUGAAAGUGCUCCAAUUGUUCUUAGAGUGUCAAAUUGAUCAGCUUUGGAUCAGUUUUCAGUCUCUUGACUGUUGACAGCGAUGCUACCGUGCUCUCUGUGCCGUUUGAUGUUGACGGGGCCGGGACACUGUUGCGUUCUGUCAGGGGGAAGCAGACUUGGGCAUGAGACGUGAGUGCAUGAAUGCUGAGAAUCUGUGUACACAACAUACUACCUAGUGCUGCUCUUCUCUAUGUGGACACCUGCUUUAAGAUGUGGUGUAUAUCUCUUUACCUGCCUGUGCUUAACACUCUGUGCUCUUCAUCGUCGUAGCCUCCUGUGUUAUUUCCACUUUGGUUGAUUUUGAUGAAUGAGCUGCCCAUUUUAAUCUAAUAGGUAUUGGUUGUGCAUACUUGCCCCCCACCCCACCGUGUCAUUGGUCGUUGCCCCCUCCUCCCCCCGACCCCACACAUUUUUUUUUUUUUAUAUUUUGAUACAAUCUUUCACUAUGUAUAUUGGCCCUUCUAUUCAUUUAGUCAAAGCUUUCUAAACCGAUUCUAAUAGGCAUCAUUAUAAACUUAGCAGCAGUCUUGUAAAUGUGAUGAGGAUUUUUGUUUUUCCUGUGAACAUUAUGCAUUAUACACAUCUGUCCUAUGUUGCCUUUAUUUGCUGAUAUUUUUUUAUUUCAAAUUGAGGAAAGAUUGCUUGUUAAUAUAAUUUUACAAUAAGUUA